GUUGAAUUGAAAUCCAUCUGUUUUUCGCCACAAGCAAAGAUUUCUGACAAUGAAAAUCUCUGUUCUUCAACAUGACCCAUCAGUCUUCGCUCCUUCUCAAGUUGGGGUCCCUAACCCGGUCUCUAGAAACCUGAGCUCACACAUGCAUCCCUUUGCAAAAGCCAGGGAACGAAGUCGUGCUUUGGUCGCUUCCAAGUUGGAGCGUAUGUUUGCGAAACCGUUCAUGGCGAGCUUGGAAGGCCAUUCGGACACUGUGAAUGCGAUCGCGAGAAAACCUGAUAGUUUGGCUGCAAUUGCCAGUGCAGGCGCCGAUGGAGAGAUAAUACUGCACGACUUACCGCAACGGCGGCACCUGAUGCGACUUCCUCAUGCACAUGAACGUAGCAUAACCGGGAUCUGUUUCGCUGGGCCGGACCGGCUACUCAGCUGUGGAGCAGACCAAUUAGUGAAGCUUUGGGAUUUGAAAGUCACCACAGACGGUGACGAUGCGCUUGUCCUGGACGAGGAGACAGGCGAAGGCAUUAACAUAGCGCAGAAAAAGCCCUUGUCACUCUAUCAUGGAAAAGCUGCAUUCAACGCGAUUGAUCAUCAUCGAGCCUCUCCUUUAUUCGCUACAGGCUCCAACGUUGUCCAAGUUUGGGACGAGAACAAAACCUCUGCCAUCUCGAACAUCACCUUUGCGUCCUCCAACGAAACCGUGAUCUCUUUAAAGUUCAACUUGACCGAACAAUCCGUCCUUGCCACCACGGGAACGGAUAGAACUUUUACUCUCUAUGAUAUUCGAACGGGGAAAGCAGAACGAAGAUUAGUCUUUGAGCUGAGAGCGAACGCACUGUCCUGGUCACCUAUGAUGCCUACAGUUGUCCUACUCGCCUCAGAAGAUCACACCCUCUCAACCUUCGAUAUUCGUAAACUGAGCACCGCGACGCAGGUGUAUAAGGGUCAUGUGGCUCCCGUCAUGAGCUGCGAUUGGAGUCCGACCGGAACCGAGUUCGUGUCGGGUGGAUGGGAUAGAACGGUUCGUGUGUGGACGGAAGGGAAAGGGAGUGGUAGCGAACCUUAUUUCACCAAGCGAAUGCAGAGAGUGUUCUCAACAAUUUUCAGUGGAGAUGCUCGUUAUGUUUUAUCGGGUUCGGAUGAAGGGAACAUACGUCUAUGGAAGGCACACCCUUCUGAAAAGCUCGGUAUACUAACGGGAAAGGAGCAGUCCACUCGUGAUUACAGAACACAACUACGAGAGAAAUGGAAAUAUGAUCCUGACGUUUCUAGGAUUGAGAGGAAACGUUUUUUACCGAGAGCCAUCCAUCAGACUCGGAAACUUCAUACGACAAUGACACGAGCCCGUCAAACCAAAGAGGACAAUCGUCGGAUACACUCGAGGUUGGGAGAAACGAAACCAAAACCCGAAAAAUCCAAGGUCAUCAUCGCCGAGCAAUCGUAAUCAAUGCAUUACAUAUUUCAGUACCCUUACCAUAUACACGCUGUACCAUACCACGGAGCGGAGUUUUACCCCUUUGUUUUUUUUUUUGCUAGCUUGGUAACCAAUAUUAUGUGUUUUAUGUGUUGUGUCCUUUCUUCCUCCCGAUUUGCGACGGAUACAUGCAUACAUACCUUCACAUAUCAACAAUAUUGUUCUUGUUCUUGUUGCACUGUUGCAGACAAUAUUGAACACAAUAUUAAUGUUGCCAAUCAAAUAU